UUAAGUAAGAAGAAAAUUUUUUUAAGACGGACAUAAAAUUGCAUAAAAACGUAAAAAAGCAGAACAAAAUAUAGAAAAAUUUUACGGAAAACGAGAAAAAAAUUAAAGUGUUUAUUUUGCAAAUUUAAGAAUAAUAACGUUAAAAUCUAAAGCAUGCAAAAGUUUUAAACAGAUUAUCUUUAUUUUAUUACAUUACAUACAUGUACACAGACAGCAAAGGAGGAAAAAAAUAGAAAAACAAAUUCACUCAACAUCAUCAUCAUCAUUAUUAUUAUAAUAAGUCCAAUCCAGACAAUAACUGCUCAAACGUCGUCUCGAAGAAAAGUCGACGUCCGUGUAUUAGCCGCUGUCGUAAAGUGUUAUUUUCAGCUUCUAUGUAGUAUUUUAAACAAAAAAAGGACUUUUCGCUUGAGAAAAGAAAAACGAAAGUUUUGUUUAAUUAACUGUGCAAAGAAUAAAGAGAUAAAAAAUAUAAAUUAAUCCUUAGGAUCUUUUACAAAACAACGAACAACAAAGAAAGUUAAGAAGCAAGAAAAAGAGAAUUACAAAAAUAAUAUCUACCAGGAGAAAAAAAAUAGCAGACAACAAACAAACUAACCAACCAAUUUAUUUACCAUCCAAACAAAAAAAAAAAAAUAAACAUAAAACACAAAUGGAGUAUGAUGAUGAAUAACUUGAAGAAAUUUUGAAAUUUUAUUUUCAUCCUUGUUCUCAAGAUUAACAACUACAAAUAGUAAAUCACAUAGUCGUCGUCACACCCACAGCAAAUUAAUAGACGUAACAUUUUACAAAUAAUAUCUAGUAGCUGUCACCUUUGUUAGACAAAGGAUCUUUCUUUAUUGAUUAGUUUAAAAAGACUAAAAGAUCCUCCCUCCCUAGUCCUCCUUAUCCUACACCUCUCCAUCACUACCACCAACACCCACUCCAUCACAUCAAUACCCGACAACGAAUGGGCGCAAAGGCGAGUACACCCGCCACCAGCGGUCACCAGAGCCCUCGUUCGCGGACAUUUUCGAGCAGCUCAACUGGUGCCGAAUUGACUAGUUCAUCGGUGGACAGACAACGUGCCCGCAGUUUAAGUUCUGUGCCCGACAUGCAUGCUCAGGCUACCGGCACAUCAUCCGGCGAUCACAAUCAACAUACACAUGCCAGCAAUUCUUCGUCUGCAGCUAAUAGUAAUAAUUAUGCCAGUUCAUCAUCAACAACAACAAUGUCGUCACAACAGCAACACCAACAAGGUCACAACAAUCACUUGCAGCGUCACACAUUGGGAGAUAACUUACGUGAUUACUUUCAGGGCGUUUCAAUGGCCGGUGCAAGUUUUGUAGAAAGUAUAGCAUUAGCAGCUCAAUCGGCCUCAAAUGGUGCAGCUAAUAGCAUUGGACGGGUGUAUACAGCAACAUCACUUCCAUCACAAAUAUGGUCGUUUAAUGGAAUUAAAUGUCCUGUAUGUAAUAAAUUUGUUUUACCCGAUGAUAUUGAAUGCCAUUUGGUUAUGUGCCUGACAAAACCUCGACUCUCAUAUAAUGAGGAUGUUUUAUCAGAUGCCAAGGGAGAAUGUGUUAUUUGUUUAGAAGAUUUAAAUCCUGGUGAUAUUAUAGCACGCUUGCCAUGUCUUUGUAUUUAUCAUAAAUGCUGUAUUGAUCGAUGGUUUGAGGUAAAUCGCUCAUGUCCAGAGCAUCCUGGUGACUAGUUAAAACUCAAUAUGUAAUUAUUAAAUAAACUUUUCUAUUUUAGUAUAAAUAAUUCUAUAUAUAUA